UGUUAUCAUAUGACACACAGGGCCUUGUUGAUUGCACAGCUGUACUGUGAGUUGUUUUGCUGGGCGAGCGAGCUAGCUGUGUACAGUUUUUAAUGGACAGCAUUUUGUUGUGUGUGUCUUGUUUGUGUGUAGCUGGUCCGUGGGCUCGUGCAGUGAAGAGAGCGCGCGCUGGCACAGUGCCCUGUAAAUUGUAAAUCGGCCACAGGAUCAACACACUGCACUGAUCAUCUAGUCGUGCUGUACUAUAUGCAGGUCCGUGCUACAUGUACAUGUCUUCUACUACUACUCGUUUGGACAUCAUCUAACAAUAUAUAUAUAUUAUUCUGAUUCUAACGAAUUGUUUUUCAUUGGAAUGAGCUCCUGAUUGCAAUGGGAUGUAUUACAUGAAUGACAAUUGGACAACAAUAUCAUCGCAACGAUGGGAUUAUCAUCAACUGCGCUAAAGAAAUUGUAAUACGCAAUAAUCUUAGAUGCCCUUUCCAAAACUCAGGCUCACCAAAUUCUGGAAAGUAGUGCACACCUUCUGUAGAAUCAAGCGAAAAUUACGAAGGAAGAUGGAAAUGAACAAUCAGAACCCAGGAGCCGAAAAGGAUGACGUGGAGCAGCAAAUUCAACAGCGCACUAGCCACAGACGAUCCAGUUUCCUUGCCAGUCAGGUGUCCAACUCUGCAGAGCCAUACCAGAAUCUGGACAGUAACCAUUGUUCUGUCAAUAGCGAGACACUGGAUGUUAUACAACCAGAUAGUCCUACCGGUACUAUAGCAUCCUCGGUAUCGACGUCGAUAUCGUCGUCUCCAUCCCUGUGGUCCUGCGAUAACUGGCAUCGUGGGGUGACAGUGCGAGACAGGAACGCGGUGAUGUUCAACAAUGAACUGAUGAGCGAUGUUACAUUCUUGGUCGGACCAAAGAAUGCUGCUCAAAGAAUACCUGCUCACAAGUAUGUGCUUGCAACCGGAAGCUCAGUUUUCUUUGCAAUGUUUUACGGAGACUUGGCAGAGAACACUUCAGAAAUUGUCACACCUGACGUAGAGCCAGAGGCCUUUCUUACCCUUCUAAAAUACAUGUACUGUGAUGAGAUAGACUUAACCCCGGAGAACGUUUUGGAUACCCUCUAUGCUGCAAAGAAGUAUCUUGUACCUCAUCUGGCCAGGUCAUGUGUUGAGUACUUGGAGCGAAGUUUGAGCGCACGUAACGCAUGUGUCCUGUUAAGUCAGAGUCACUUGUUUGAGGAACCAGACCUCAUGCAGCGAUGUUGGGAGGUCAUCGACGCCCAGGCUGAAGUAGCAUUGGGGUCUGACAGCUUUGUGGAUGUUGACCAGGAUACCCUUGAGUGCAUCCUGAAGCGGGAGACCCUGAAUGUCAAGGAACUUGUCCUCUUUCAUGCGGCCAUGCGAUGGGCAGAUGCAGAGUGCUCCAGGCAGGACUUGGUGGUGACUCCAAACAGCCUUCGAAAGGUUCUUGGUUCCGCUCUCUAUCUCAUCCGCAUCCCUACCAUGCCUCUCAAGGAGUUUGCCAACAAUGUUGCUUGCAGCGGUGUCAUCACUCUUGAAGAAACCACAAACAUAUUUCUUCACUACACGGCAGACAUCAGGCCCAAGAUACGCUUUCCUUGCAAGCAGCGAGCAGGACUGAGAACCUGUACUGUCCAUCGCUUCCAGUCGUCUGCCUACAGGAGUAACCAGUGGCGUUACAGGGGCAGGUGCGACAGUAUCCAGUUUGCAGUUGACAGGCGGAUCUUCAUUGCCGGCUUUGGGUUGUACGGUUCCAGCUCCGGUGGUGCAGAGUACAAGGUGAAGAUAGAACUCAAGAGAGGAGGGAAGAGCCUUGCAGAGAAUCACACCAAGUUCUUUUCCGAUGGAUCCAGUAGCACGUUUGCGGUCACAUUCCCACAUCCCGUCCAGGUUGAGCCCCAUGUGUACUACACAGCAAGUGCAACGCUUUGUGGAAACGAGUUAAGUUACUUCGGACAAGAAGGCCUGACGGAAAGUACCAGCAACGACGUUACUUUCCAGUUUCAGUGCUCUCCUGAAAGCACAAACGGGACUGGAGUCCAAGGUGGUCAAAUACCAGAACUGAUAUUCUACGCAUGAUGAUUGGAUCUUCAUGCCAAACUAUGCAGCUAUCUCUUUGUCCUCUUUGGUGAGGCUUGAUUAACAUUUGAAGUGCAAAUACUGCUGCGAAGUUACUAUGACAUUUGAAUUAUUGGGUAAAUUAAUUCUACAUCUUGUUCCUGUCAGAUUUCAGACGGUUUACUGAAAUAAGAGCAAAUUAAGAACAGAUACUUACUGGUAAUUUUAUUUUGAAAAGUAUACCUGUGUUUGGUUUUAUUGUAAUUGAUUGUCAUACUCUUUAUUUAUAGAUUGUUGAUCAUUUUGCAUUAUUUUGGAAUAGGAAUCCUAUGAAUAUUGGAAACAAUAUUACAAACAAUGCAAUAAAUAAGAUCAUAAAAUGAGGUUAGCUUGUUGCAACACUUGUUUUAAGUUUUGAAACCCAGUUGGAAUAAAGUUCAUGCUUUAAAUUGUAAUUUCCCAGAAUGUUGUACUGGUACUUCUAAAACAGUUUAUCAAUACAUAUUCUCUAACAUCAUUUAAAAUGAAUAGUGAUGAAGACUCAAAAGUCUGAUUUAAUCCUGCUAAAAAAAAGACCAUUAAUGCCAGUACCAUUUACAUCUACAUGUAUACUGAUUAUAAUAAAUGAUGUUUUCCAUAAUUGGGGAAAAAAAAACAAUUUGUUAAAAUAGUACAUUCUUUGAUUGAGCACCAUUACCAUUGAAAAAUUAAUACCAGAAAAUCUUGGUAUCAAAGUCUACAGGAGAAAAUGCUUACAGACAAUUUUUUUUUACAAUAGAUACCCAAUGUGUCCUUACCUAAAUCCGACAUUUAGCUCAAAAAUCUUUUGAAAAAAUCUAUAAACAUCCCAAUGAACAGAGAAAGAUCAUAAGAUGUGUUUUAAGUGAUUUUCAAAGGGAUUCUAUCAUCAAGUUGCUAGUUAUGCUUAAAAUAGGAGUUGUCAAAACUGAGCUUGGAAUAAUAAAUUUGUUGACUUGCAAAAUGCAAAUUCAAACUGGAUAUACUAAGCAUCUCUAAUCUCUGUGACUUUGAAAUAUUGCAAGAUUUUUAAAUACAGAUAUCCUUGGAGAGGAAAGAUAUUUGAGAUUUACAAUGUAGCAC